AUGGCCAAAUGUAGAGUGGUGGUGGCCGAGGAGAAACAGUUCAGGGGCACGAUGUCGGCCACGCAGGGGAUGAACCGCAGCGGCGCCUACAACUACUUCCUCAACAUGGUGGCCUAUCAGAUCUGCUGUUGCUGUGGACCGGCGCCGUGCUCGCUCUGCUGUGCCUUCUGUCCUCCGGUCAAAUCCUCCACCAGCACGCGGGUCAUGUACACCCUCUUCCACAUCAUGAGCUGCGCCGUGUCCUGCCUCAUGCUGUCCCGCACCGUCUCCGAGCUCGUCAGGGAAAAUGUGCCUUUCUUCAACAUGGUGUGUGACCAGGCGCACGGCGGAGGCCACUGUGAGAUGCUGGUCGGCUACUCGGCGGUCUACAGAGUCUGCUUUGGCACUUCCUGUUUCUACCUGAUGAUGGCGAUCUUCCUCAUAGACGUGAAGUCCAGUCAGGACUUCAGAGCGCUCAUACACAACGGCUUCUGGUUCCUGAAGUUAAUCACUCUGCUCGGGAUGUGCACCGCUGCCUUCUUCAUCCCCACAGAGUCCUUCCUCCACGCCUGGCACUACGUCGGUGUGGUGGGAGGAUUUGCCUUCAUCCUCAUCCAACUCAUCCUCAUCACAGCUUUCGCACACACCUGGAACAAGAACUGGUUGACCGGAGCGGCGGAGAACAAGCGUUGGUAUCUGGCGGUGAUGUGCGCCACCCUCUUCUUCUACACUAUCGCCACCAUGGCCUUCACCUUCAUGUACAAGUACUACACACACCCCAUCGCCUGCCACUUCAACAAGGCCCUGCUGUGGAUCAACCUGGGGCUGUGCGGCCUCAUGUCCUUCAUAGCCGUCACACCGUGCGUGAAGCAGAAGCAGCCUCGGUCUGGACUCCUUCAAGCCUCCAUCAUCAGCUGUUACGUCAUGUACCUCACGUUCUCGGCGCUGUCCAGCCGCCCGCCAGAGAAAGUGGUGUAUCAGGGCAUGAACAUGACCGUCUGCUACCCCAGCGUGGGACGAGACGGCAUCCAGAACGAAGGCAACGCCGUGGCCAUUAUCGGAGCUGCCAUCAUGUACUGCUGCGUCCUCUUUGCAUGUAACGAAGCCUCCUACCUGGCAGAGGUGUUCGGCCCGUUUUGGAUGAUCAAAGUUUACCGUUAUGAGUUCCAGAAGGCCACCUGCUGCUUCUGCUGCCCCGAGGAAGAGGAAGUCGAGGAGGAGUUUGCGAUCGACGACGAGAACAAAGGCUGUCAGAAGGUCAUUCACAACGAGACGCAGAGAGUCGCUUACAGCUACUUCUUCUUCCAUUUCGUCUUCUUCCUGGCCUCGCUGUACGUCAUGAUGACCCUCACCAACUGGUUCAGCUAUGAAUCUGCAGUGCUGGAGACCACCUUCACCCACGGCAGCUGGUCUACCUUCUGGGUGAAGAUGUCGUCCUGCUGGGCCUGUGUGAUCCUCUACCUCUGGCUGCUGCUGGGCCCUCUGUGCAGCUGUCAGUCUGAAUCCAGACCUCGCCGCGCACGCAUCAAACGCCGCUCGGCGUCGUCCCGUCACGUCACCGUCAGCGUCUGACACUCUCCGUGACGGGUCGGGCAGGAGGGAGGCGGACGAGAGGCCACGGGACUCCGAGCCUCCCCGCAGGGUCAGAUGUCAAAGACUCACGGUGCUGUGAGAUGGACCAAUCAGAGGGCUCAGUGCUCAGAAAGACCUGAUGUCACAGGCUGGACUCUAACGAACCACUAACGAGGACUUGACUGUGGUUUGGAAACACAUUCACAGUAUGAAUUGCCAAAGGGAUCAGAGGGGGUGAACUCUCACUCCCUAUAAUGUGGGAACUACAGUAACGCUGUAACGGUGGAUACAUUUAUGAAUUUCUAUCUUUAAUUUUAGUAUAAUUUUAAAUUUUUGAGUGUAUUUAGAUUUUUGAUAUUAUAACAGAGGAUAAAUAGAUAUUUGCUGUCAUAUUGCUGCAGAGGCACAAAUCCCAGUGUGUCCGAUAGUCCUGAUCAUGAACAAAUCUUUCUCAAAACUAAAAAACUGUGGGCUCAAGAUUUCAGCAGCUUACAAGAACUGAACAGAAUCAAAGAAAAUAACUGAAUAUUUAAUAUGAUCGUUUGUGGCAGUGGUGUCAAACUUGAAACUAAAACUAAACUAAAUGAACUUUAACUUUCAACAAAAAAUGAUUGAAUCCCUCCACGUAUCACUCUUGGGAAGAUUACUUAAAAAUGUAUGACGAUACGUUUGCUAAUCACCUAUUAAAUAAAUGUAGCCGGUAACGUAAUCCAAGUCUCACAAUUUUAAAGUAGAUUAAUUUCCGUUACUUUUGGAUUACUUCAGUACAAUCUUGUUCUUUAAACGUGACAUUGAGGCAGCUUCAGUUUUGGUUCUUAACUCAGGCCCAAAGCCAAAGAAAGAUUUGUUCAUGUGUUCAUAUAAAAAAAAAAAAAAAACCCUCAAUAACAGAUUCUCCUCGGAUCUUUUGGUUGUUUUUAAACGAUUGUUGACAGACGGUGUGCAGAGCAACUGAGAGGCAGCUAAACAGGAAUGUAAGAUGUCAUAGUUCGAUACUUAAACUGGGGCAAAAAACAAAAAAACACUUUGCAUUUGACUUUACAGAAGAACAAGUCGGCGUUACGUUGCUUUACAUCAUUCACUUCUGAUUUAAUUUUAAAAUGUCUCGAUUGAUUCUUUGUUUACAUUUUGUUUUUUUUUGCAUGUGUUACUCUGUUUUUAAAAAUCGAAACCAAGAGUGCUCAAAAAAAAGAAAAAAAAGAAGAAGAACUAGAUCCACGUGCAGAAGAGAUCGAAGCUUUCUGUCUCAUGCCUUCAGAUGAAGUUAGUCGUGUCUGCAGGAAUGUGUUGCAAUCUGAAAAAAACUUUAAAGUCCUUCAGAAACCCGGGACCAGUUUCCACGUCUCCCCUUCCCUCUGCUGACGGACCUGAGCCGAGUGUCUGCGAUGACUUCCUCACAGUUAAUGAGCGGCAAUCUGGCUCGGUUUAGAAAAUAAAUGUCUAGAGUUAUUAUUAUCUGCAGUUUAAUGUUUCCUUUGUUGUAGACGUGACGCUUUUCUUUUUUUUUUUUGUAAAUACAUUGUUUUUCUUACGAAUGCUUCUGUUCUCACGUCUGGUUUGUGAAACUUUCAUUCCAAAAAGAAACCAGUUGAAAAAAAAAAAAAUGUGUUAUCAGCUUUAAUUCAAAAUUCAGUUGCAAUGUUUUCGCGAAUAUCUACAAUACGUUUACUUUUUUUAAAGAGUGGGACACACUUUGGACAAAAUAAUAAGUAUUUUUUGGCACGUGUAGAUGAGAUGUUAUAAUUUCAUACGCAGAACACAAAAGGCACAGACGUCAUUUAACAGACUGCAACGUUUCUCUCAAACAAUAUAGUCAAAUUAUACUUAUUACUUAUAUUUGUAGAUAAUCAGUGCCACACACACACAAAAAAUACUGUAUAUUUCAUAAUCUCUUUCACAAAGCAGACCUGAUUUAAAAACACUAUAAAAACAAUUAAUACCACAGAGGAGCGACACAGACGUGACGGGUGACACACGAGUUAUGUGUUAUAGUUUAAACUUAUUCUUUUAUACAUAAAUACAUUGUGAAGCAUUAUGUUGAUAUUAUAUCUUGAGUGAAAACUAAAAGAAAAAUCCACCUUUUCAACUGUGAGUUGUAACGUGCACAAUGAGCUACAGAAAAUGAUAAAGGGACAGUUCACCCUAAAUUAAAACUACAUAUUUUUCCUCUUACCUGUAUUGUGAUUUAUAUAUCUAAAUAGCUUUGGUGUGAGUUGAUGAAAUUUGGAGAUAUCAGCUGUAGAGAUGCUCGCCUCGGACUCGUGGAGCUCAGAGCACCAAAAAAAUACAUCGGCUUGUGCUCGUGAAACCGUAGAACGAUGUAAACAUUAAUGGCGUCCUCCGCGGCUGAGCUGCAAUCAUGAAUCCAAUAUUUAGACCUGGAUUUGUCUUGCGUAGCGAGAUCUGUCUCCCUCCACAGCGAUGAGUCUCGCUCCGCCAAUUCCCACUCUGGUCCAGACAUACAAGCUCUGGCUUGUUUGCAUGUCUUUAAAGUAAUCACACUUGUCUCGGGUGGUGCUGAGUCCAGGAUGCAGCGAUGGUACCACUGCAAAAUACCUGUCGGGGGAAACUUACUUUGCACGUGGGGUCUUGAUAUUUCCAGCGUUGAGGCUGCUAGCUUGGAGUUUUGCGGAAGGAAGA